CGCAUUCAACUUCACACAUUGCCAGGUCACCAUCAACACGGCCACGACCCACUAACCUCCAGCUUUUCGACAACCCACGCCUGGUCUAUUGUGGUGUGCCACAAAACCAUUGCCGUCUACGCUCGCUUUGCUACGUACCUCCGUAUUCGACGACUCCAUCGUACAUUCUCAUGUCAACAUGGAGAGCCUUGAACGUCUCCAAGCACUUCACGCCGACCUCACUGCUUUCACCGAGGGCCGUCUAGCAAAUAUCGAACGAUUGGUGGAUGAAUUGAAUGCAAGCGUUGAUGACUUCAAAAAAUUGUUGGACAGGCCUACUCCAUCAGCAGCAGAUAGAGACCAGUAUAACAAUGGCAAAAUCAGCGUCGAUGAUCAAGAGUAUGGCAUAAACGAUGAGUUCAAGCAUAUCAGUCGCGCUAUCGGUACCACCCUUGACUUGGACGAGGUUGAGGCAGGCCGUCUCCUCAUUCAAACCCAAGCAGACCCCUCGACCUCAAGCCAAUCCGUCAUCACCGAUGUCGUAAGCGCCUUCCAUAAUCGCCGAGAUCUUCUCCUUCAAUCCUUCCGAAUCACUUGUCAGCAAUCCCUGAAUCACGAACUUGACGAGCUCGUACAAUCCGCUUUUGGCAAUAUUGUCACGCAGGUGCUUGAUAUUGCGUCUGGCAUUCACGGGAAUGGCCAUGCCUUUACCAGAAAAUGUAUCGAUUCCUUGAAUGCCUUGGAAAGAUUUCAGGCUCGGAUUGCGGAUGCGCUUCAAAGCAGGGCAAUUCUUGGAGACCCACGAGGUCCAGAGUUUUACGCGACUUUCGAAUUCCAGAAGGAGAGUCUCUUCAAGCAACACGAGGCACUAGGUUCCAUCCUGGCCUAUCUCUUCGAUGGCAACUACGCCUCGCCGGAAGAACUUCGCAAGCUCAAUGAAAUCGUCAAACAAUGGCCUCGCAUGGACUUCAACCUGAUUCACUAUUUACCUGCCUUCUCGUCCGCCUUCCGCACCUUGGGCUCACUCGAUGGCACAAAUCAAACAGAGGCCGAAUCUCUCAAUCGCGCCCUAGGGGAUUUGCCGAAAGAUCCCUCGCCUAUCCGCCCCUUCCGUGCAGCUCUUGUGCUUUGGUGGACUGUGGAGUAUAGCGGGCGGUUUCGGGACCUUGCUGACGAUCCCACCAGUGACCAGAGGGGACUUGUGGUCAAAGCUGCGCUCAAAGACGACGCUCUGGAGUGCCUGUUGUCGAUGUGCGUGGCGGUCGACUCGGACUCAUGGAGGCAUCCUGCCCGCCAGGAGCUGGUGGCGCUCUUGCUGAGCGAUGGCUCAGCCAUUUCGCUCGAUGGUGACCAAACCUCGAGUUACUUCGCUCUACACCUGAUGGAGGCGCUUGAGAGCUUUGUUGAGGCUUUCAUCACAAACAUGCCCGAUUCCAUUCGUCGGUUGAAGGCAGAAGAGGACGACCAGAGACUGAAUCAAUUGAUGGCAAUCCAGGAAGGCCUUCCGAUCGAUCCACGACAUGGCAUCGAAAGUCGACUUCACCUAGAAGCCUUCUUGGUACUAAUAUCUUUCGCCUUUCAGCAAAGACCUGAAGCCGCCGCCCAGUGGUGGGAAGACCCGGACAACAAUCUCUACGGCUUUCUUCAAUGGGCUUCCAUGCGACAAACUGUACCACGUGUCAGUGCCUUUUGUGAAGUACUUUGCUCCAUCUCAGAGGACCAAGAAAGUGCCGAAGCGGCUCAUAAGUUUCUACUUGAUGUGUCUCUGCCGACUGCCUCUCGCGGCCGGCGCAAUCCUUCGAUGAACUACGCGCAAAUCUUUGCAGAGCUGCAACUGUACGCGACCAAAGUCCACGAGCGCACAACUUCUUCUCAGCUUCCCAAUAAUCCUAAGGCUGCACCAACAGAAAUGAAUGAACUCGAAAGCCCCGUCAUGUUGUCCGGCUAUCUGCGCUUACUUGCACAUCUGUGUCGAUUACAAAGCGGCACCCGACAGUACAUUUUGGAAAACGUGAGCGUGAGCUUUCCGCAAUCUCUCCUGAUCCUGAGCUCUGGCCCCAUCCCGAAUUAUAUGAGGGCAAGCAUCUUCGCUACUCUUGCUGCCUUGCUCACCGACAAGACAUUGCAAGUCGCAAGCGACAUGUGGAGAACAUUGGACGAUUGGGGAGCUCGUGGCCAUGAUUCGUUUCGCACAUCUGGCAAUCAGUCGGCAUCCCCUCACAAAGCCUCUUUGGCCUUCCUCAACGGCACGCUGGGCUCUAUAGCUCUUUCCUUCGAUCAGUACGAUGCCUUCGUCGUGCUACUUCGCGACCUCAUAGCACCAUUGCCUUCAACUAGCGUUGGCGCUGAUCGCUUACCAUUUCCCGCCGAUCUCGGUGCGUCCUACCGGAGCAUCGGCAUAGAGCCGUAUGUCGAUUUCGUUUGCGGUCAUAUCAUCUCCCGCCGCCUUCCCGAGCUUAGUGACGACACACAGCGGGCUAUUGGAUCAUUCCAUUGCUUGGACUUCAUAGCCGUCGGGCUCGAAGGAUUUAAUGAGGAUCAUCUUGCAAUUCUCGAUCGUUCGGCGACAGCGAGAGAUGGUCCACAAGACACUCAAGGUCCCGCGUUCUACGCACAAGCUAGUCCGUUUGCUCGGCUCGUUCAAUGGAUUCUGAGUGCAGAUGUCAUCAAGUUCAUCACAUCUUUGUUCCGUGUUCCAAUCGACACCAUUGAGGGAACAUUGCCAGACUCUCCAUUGCUCAUGGGACUUCAACGCUCCAUCGAUAUAGUCAACAGGGUCUUGGAUCUACAGCCGACAUAUUUUGACAUUGUGAAACCACUACUACAGUCUCGCCAAGCAACAGACCGUCAGAUUAGAGCUAGCAUUGGCUCAAUAGAAGAGGCAUUCAUAUCCAACCCGGACGUGCUCCUUGGAUUGUGUCAAUUUGCGGCCUCUAGCCAUGCUGACUUAUCUCUGCGUUCGCUGGCUCUCCUGCAAAAGCUUUCAAGUUCAACAAAGAUAAAUGGUUAUCCUUCACUCAUUGAAACGACUCAUACUCGACCGAGGCGACUUGUGGAUGCCUUUGGGUCAUAUCCUGCUUUUGAACUCGAACUUGUGGCGCAAAAUCUUUCUGCACGGCUUCAAGUGACUUUUCGAGAAUUGGAGGAUGGGUUUGGAUCUCUCGGUUAUCUCAGCAAAGAUGGAAUAUUGGCCUUCUUCAACGCGUGUUUGGAAACUGUGCCCAACUCGCCCAACCUUGCCCACCUCCUCCUGGGCUUCGACAGGAUUGGCGAAGCCUUGUUUAUCUCUGACAACAUCAAUGACGGGACCGCUGUCCUCAACGCCAUUACAUCCCUUGCACAAGAAUACCCUGUUGACGAUGGGAUGUCGUUGACAUUUUGGCUCCUGCAUCUGAAAACGGCUGCCUUUAAUGUUCUGAGACAUUUGUGGACGGCCUCUCUGUCGAAAACUGUUGUGAUCGGCCAGUUACGGCGAAUCCACUUUCUGCAAGCACAAUACGUGAGCAUGCCUGUAAUCUCUCAAACUACAUUGUGGGAUGGGUUUUCUGUUCUACAGAAGGACAGAUUUUGGUAUGCAACCUCCGCAGAAGCCCUUGCCAAGUACCUGGACUUUCGAUCCGCCCUGUUCAAUUACACCGAGACCGAGCUGCGAGCCGCUUCAAGUGAGCAACUGAGCACCACACUCCGACAAGCGUUGUCAACCCUCCAGGGAAGAACCACUGAUACUGAUGGCUCAAUCAUCAAUCACGCCGAUGUAUUUUCCUUCUUUGACUUCCUCGAUCUCGACUUGUCGGCUUCCUUCGACAUUGUCACCAAAUUCUGGAGCGAUGUGGAUUUCGACACAUUUUUGACCGAUCCGGCAGAGGACUCGCCUUCACUGUACAAUCUUGGCUUAUGCCGUGAAUGGUUGAACGCAUCAAAGGUCGACCUUUUGCAACGCAGCACUGAGACGUCGAGCACUCGACAAGCCGAGAUUGAAUUGGAUAUUAUCGAGGAGAGUGAUGCAAUAAUUGCCACAUUGGAGGCACGCAAUCGAGCUGUCAUUGUUCAUAAGGCCCGAGCAGAUGCUCUGCACGAAUAUAUGAAGCUAAUUGUCGCCAUCAUCGAAACCUGUCCGUUGGACCCUCCCGCCAAAACACAGUUCGUUUUGCGCAUGCUGCAGAUAAUGCUUCCCAAAUUGGAUGCAUACAUUACAGACAAUCUGGGAGACGUAGUGGAGCUCGCAAAAGCCGCUGACGCUUUACUAUUUUCCCUGUCGGAGACUUCGGGUGGGGGAAUUCAACCACACUUGGACAAUUUGGUCACUGAGAAGCUCUUUCAGUUAUUCAGAGCUUCCAUCGAAGGCAUCUCAGCCUCCGAGUCCAACACGCAGCUACGCAGCACAUUCUACAGUAUCUGCUCUCAAUAUUUGAGUAGGAUUCUGAUUUCCCAAGCCUCGGGUGUAACGGUCAACGCCAAAGCGCGCCGCAACGCUAUGGACUGUGUGCGGUCUUCCAGCCAGCGUCUUGUCCAACUUUUGUGUGACGAUGCCGAUGAUGGCGUGGACGCAUGUCGAAUCAAUGCAUUCAACCUUCUCUCGCUACUAACCUCACUGGCUCGAAUGGAGAAGUCGAGCUUUGUUCUGAAUGCCAUUGUCAAGGCCAACGCACUGGAAAUAUUGAUUGAUCCUAUCAAGUACAUUUCCAAGGAUUUCGAAGAAGCAGACCCGGCUCAUCGUUCAUACCUUCUUGCAAUUUUCGAAGCGCGAAUCCUUCUUCUCUUGCAAAUAUCGCGGAGUCGUGAGGGCGCAGGUGCUCUCCUUGACAGCGGUCUUGUGGGCGCGGUGCGAGACACUCGGCUCUUCAACGCCGACCCAGAUCUUGGGCUUGCGCUAUCAACUUCGAUGGAUGACGAGCCUGUUACGGCUAUCUCAACAACUGCUCAGUCAGCGCUUCGUUCAUACUACACCCUCACCUCAUCAACUCUGCGGGUCCUCCUUUCGACAUUUGCAUCUCGUGGGCUACAAAACGAGCAGAUCCAGUACCAGGCUCGUUCCUUUCUCACAGACUAUCGGCAGAACGUUGUCGGUUUCUUCAAGAAACAUCUUGGCGUCAAUGGGAAGAUUGACCAAGAGAGUCGGCCUCUUAUUGCCGAUUGUGUGCGAUGUUACACUGGGCUUGCAACCCUGUGCGGGUUCGUCGAUUUUGAAGACGGGUCGUCUCUCGAGCCUCGGGCUGGGGGAUUUUCAUGAGAAAUAUGCGGCUGACAGGACGCUGCCAUUAGGCAUACGUGGGGAAUGAUCACAGCAGAAUAUUUGGAUGAAAUCUGCGUUUGGAUAGUACUGGGUGCAGUAAGCUUCCAAACCCUAGAACAAUGCCCCUUUGAAGGGAACUGGCAGAAUACAAGAAAUCAUACACAUUAAAGUCGGCAUCAGCGAUGUGAGUUUUCGUGACCACAUUGCACCUAUACU